CUCCAGAGCCUUUUUGGCUCAAGGGGGCACAUUGGCAAGGAGGCCUCCCAAGUGCUAUCACGACCGACAGGGAGCGCCUUCUCUUCUCCGCGUCGUCGGCAUGGCUGGCUUCAUGGCUACCCCGAUGGGAGGAGCUCCACAACCGUCCAAUAGCAUAUACAUCGACGGCAUGCCAGCUGAGAUGGACGAGUCGCAGGUGAAGAUCACCUUCGAGCCCUAUGGUACCCUCAAGGUAGCCAAGCGCAUCAACCAGACACUGUGGAUGCUAACGUUCGAGACCAUGGAGGACGCCCAGUGGCUUGUGGAGAAUCUGAACGAGAACAUUCCACAGGGCAUGUCUGUCGUGGUGAAGGUGCGCUAUGCCCAGCUGGGCCCCGCGCAGCCGCAGGGCAUGGGUUUUGCGGCCGCCGCGGCGGGCGGAGGAGGAGGAGGAGGAGGAGGCUUCCGGGCAACCCCCUACGGCGGUGCCUCUGCUGGGCAGGGCAUGGGCAUGGGCAUGGGCAUGGGCAUGGGCAAGGGCAUGGGCAAGGGCAUGGGCAAGGGCGGCUUCGGCGGCGCCGACAUCAUCGCGGUCAAGCGGGGCAUCGUGAACUCCAACAUCCUGCCUGGCGGCAGGUGGAAGAACGACGACAAGACCGUCAUGGUCAAGAACCUGCCCCCGAACACGUCCGACAAGGACAUAUACGACCUGUUCUGCCCGUUCGGCGCCAUCUACGGGGAGGGCGUCCGCGCGCUGUUGAAUAACGAGACGGGCACCUGCAAGGGCACGGCCUUCGUCAACUACCUGAACAAGGAGUCCUCUCUGGCGGCCGUCCAGACCCUGAACGGGUACAUGAUGCCCCAUGGGACGCAGCUCUCGGUGAUGCUCGCGGAGACGGGGGACGCCAGGCAGGGGGGCGGCAUGAAGGGCGACUGGAACUGCCCCAGCUGCGGCGACCUGAACUUCGCGCGGAACAAGGUGUGCCGCAAGUGCGGGACGGCGAACCCAGACCCGACGGAGUUCCAGGGAACGUUCACCCCGGGGCCCGGAGACUGGACCUGCCCGAGCUGCGGCGACUUCAACUUCGUGCGCAACGCCUCGUGCAGGAAGUGCGGCACCCCGAACCCGGACCCCAGCGCGGCGCAGACGUCCGGGUUCGCCAAGCAGAGCAUGCCAGGCGACUGGAACUGCCCUGGCUGCGGGGACCUGAACUUUGCACGCAACGCCUCCUGCCGCAAGUGCGGGACCGCGAACCCGAGCCCCACGGGAGGGGGCUUCCCCCGGAGCGCCGGCGACUGGAACUGCCCCAGCUGCGGCGACCUGAACUUCGCCCGCAACAUGGCCUGCAGGAAGUGCGGGACGCCGAACCCGAGCCCCACCGGAGGAAUGUUCCCCCACAGUGCCGGCGACUGGAACUGCCCCAGCUGCAACGACCUGAACUUCGCCCGCAACGUCGCCUGCAGGAAGUGCGGGACGCCGAAGCCGAUGUGAGCAGGAGGUGACCCGCGCGAUCGGCGCCACGUGCGGCCGUUUUGGGCAAGGUGGCCCGGGCAGCGCCGUGGGUACAGUCGGGGCACUGAGGAAGGAACCCUUUUCGCCUCGUUCCUUAUUUAGGUCAACGCCCCUUCUGUAGUCGGUCUGUGCCUGAGGGGUGUGGUGUGCUGAUAGGGGCGGAUUCCGCUGAGCGGGGAGGGUGUGCUCAGCUCAGGCCACCUCCAAGCAUAGCAUCGUAACGCUGCGCUGCGCCCGGAGGGCCGUGUGAUGGGCAGUGGGGCUUUUUGGGGCCCGCGCGGGGCCUCUCGGCCGCGACUGGGGCCCGUCCCCGGCCCGCUCAGGCUCGCCCCGAGGACGCCGGGAGCCUCGGGGGCGGGCGCCCACCCGCGGCCCGGGGCGGCGGGCGCGCGGAGGGCGCGGGGCGGGGCUGCGCUUCGCGGCCGCGGUCAG